AUGUACGGCUUUGUUAGUGUAUUACCAGUGGCGUCGGCCUUGCAGCGGCAGCAGUGCACGUGUGCAGCUCGCUGCAGCUUCACCACACGAGCAGCGCGGGUGGCUCCAGUGCGCAUCGCGCUGUCGCGUCCCCAGCGUCUCGUGGGUGCGUCUUCUCUUCGCAUGUUUGAGGUAUCCGACGGUGAGCCGUACCCACUGAACCCUGCUGUUAUUUUUAUUGCGCUUAUCGGUUGGAGCGCAGUAGCCGCUAUCCCAUCGAACAUACCCGUUCUGGGUGGCACUGGCCUGACGCAGGCGUUUCUGGCGUCGAUUCAGCGUCUGCUGGCGCAGUACCCAACUGGACCAAAGCUGGAUGACCCGUUCUGGUUCUACCUGAUCGUAUAUCACGUGGGGUUGUUUGCUUUGCUUAUCUUUGGGCAAAUCGGAUAUGCGGGCUACGCCAAAGGAACGUACAAUCGCUCGGCGUAG